UAGCUCUGUAAUCCUCCCACUGCCCUCAGAUCCCUGCAACUCUUUCCUCACCGCAGCUCAGUGGGAUGCUGCUGGAAACCAACUGAACCGUUCAGGAUGUUGAGCUGGGUGGUUAAAGUCGUUCCCCAGCCUCCUGAACCUCCAUCCAAAAACACCGAGGAUCCCAAGGAAGGAAAAACAGACGCUGCCCCGCCCCCUGCUCCUGCCCCGCCCCCUGCACACGAGAAGAAGGUGACGUUUGAAGAUGAGUGCAAACCGGACGCUGCGAAAAGUGAGAAACCAAAGCAGGACGCUGAGGCGGCUGCAGGGAACGGUCCGGCUCCAGGCGUGCUGACAUGGAUCAGCAGCGCUCUCCCUCAGCCAACACUGCCAGCCAACCAGAACCGAGCCAACGCCAUGGCCAAGGAGGAAGCUGCAGCAGCCAGCAAGCCCAACGAUGAGAAAGGAAUGAUGGCCUGGAUCUCACAGGGUUUGGAGAAGGUGGUUCCUCAGCCUGACCUGAAGAGCAAAGAGUCGACAGCAGCUGAGCAGCAGGUUCAGGUGCAGCAAACAGCAGCUCCAGCAGAACCUCAGAAGACCAAGAAGGAGCCGGAGCCAACGGAGCAGACAGCUCCACCCAGCAUGAUGGAGUGGAUCAAACAUGGCAUCGUGAAGGUGGUUCCCCAGCCAGAGAUCCCCCUAAAGCCCGAAGGAACCAACCAGUCAGAAACUCCAGCUCCGGCCAAAGCUCCCCCUGCAGCUCCACCUCCGGCCACCAGACCCGCCUUGGAGACAGAGUCUGCAAAGGAAGCAGAGCAGCAGCCAAACAUGAUGGGCUGGAUCGUCAGCGGCAUUGGACGCAUGUUGCCUCAGCCCGUCCCAAAGCCGGAUGCAGGAAAUGACGACGUGCAGAGCAUCAGCACCACUCAGAAGAAGACGGACCUGGUCCUUGAAGACCUGGAGGAGGUGGAGGACGAGCCGCCUGUGCAGAACCACCAGCAGAGGUCCACAGCGGAGACGGACGACGCAGAGACACAGGUAGAUGAGCUGAGUCCUCUGGUGGACAGCAUCAAGAAGGAGGCUGGAGAGGCUGUCCUCGCUCACAUGGAGGAAAGGCUGCAGCAGGAGCGUCUGGAGGCGGCCCGGGUCGCUGAGGAGAUGGCCAGGAAGGCGGCGGAGGAGGCGGUGCGGCAGCUGGAGGUGGAGCAUUCAGCCAAGAUCGUUAUAGAAACGCUUCCAGAGUCCAACGACCAACUGCCCAACAUCCUGGAGGAGGAAAAUGAAGACGAACCCGAGCUGCAGAACCUGCAGGAGGACAGUGAGGACAGCACAGGCACUAAGAGCAAAAGUACUGAAGAGAAUCAAACCGAUGAGACUGAGCUGAAGAGGUGUCUGAUGGACGUCUGUCCGGCUGAAGAAGAUCCAGACGCUACGACUGAGGGGAACCAGGAGGAAGCUCCGGCUCCAUCCUCUGAACUCCAGGCACCAGACCAGGUCACGCCUUCGUCCACCGAUGUGGAGCCGGCGUCAGAGAGGAGAGACCUGGAGAGUCCCGUGACCCAGCAACCAGAACCACACCCUGAAGAGGCCCCGCCCCCUUCCACACAGCAGAACGAAGCAGCAGCAGCAGAAGAAGAAACGGCAGCAGCUGGAUCUGGAGAGAGCUGCAGGAAAAGUGAGGCUCCUGUGCUGAAGGUGGAGGAUGCAGAUGGAGACGGGCUGCACAGACACAACCUGAACAUCCCGCAAAUAAUCACCACCCCAGAACCAGAGUCCAACACUCUGACGGUCCGAGAGCUCAGAGCGGAGCUGUCUGCAGGCGAGGAAGAUGAGGAGCUGCUGCAGGGCGGUCUGAAGACCUGGUCUAGUCAGACAGACCUGCUGGCUGCAGACGACGGGAUGCGUCCUCUGUCGGCCGCCAGCAUCGGCAGCGUCGUGAUCCAGGAGCGUCUGAACGAGCUGGUCAAGCUCUUCAAGGGUCGGACGGAGCGGCAGAAAGACCGGCUGGUGGACCCGGAUGAGUCCGAGGAGGAGAGUCCCACCGGGUCCCCCAGCAAAGCUCCUCCUCCUCCUCCUCCUCCACCCCCACCUGGAGAGGAGAAGAAGGAUGAAGCAGCAGCACCAGAGGAAGAAGAGGAGGAGCUGUUCCAGUUCGAACUUCUGGGACAUCCAGUGAAAUUUCCCAAACUUCCCCCGAUGCCUGACUGGCUCCGAGCCAUUCUGGAAUACCGCUUUCCCGACAGCAUCGACCCGUUCACCGAUCUGAUCUACGUGAUCUGGCUGUUCUUCGUGGUGGCAGCGUGGAACUGGAACGUGUGGCUGAUCCCGGUCCGCUGGGCGUUCCCUUACCAGACACCUGAGAACAUCCACCUGUGGCUGCUGGCGGACUACACCUGCGACCUCAUCUACAUCACCGACAUCCUGGUCUUCCAGCCCAGACUGCAGUUCGUCCGUGGAGGAGACAUCGUGUGUGAUAAGAAGGACAUGAGAGAACAUUACAUGACCACCGAGAGGUUCAAGAUGGACAUCAUCAGCCUGUUUCCCAUGGAGAUCUUCUACUACUUCACAGGCGUGAACUCUCUGCUGAGGUUCCCCCGUCUGCUGAAGUACAUGGUCUUCUUUGAGUUCAACGACAGAAUGGAGGCCGUGAUGAAGAAGGCCUACAUCUACAGGGUGAUUCGGACCUCCACCUACCUGCUGUACUCUCUGCACAUCAAUGCCUGUCUCUUCUACUGGGGCUCCGACUAUGAAGGCCUGGGCUCCACCAAAUGGGUCUACAACGGAAAAGGCAACGCUUACAUCCGCUGUUACUACUUCGCUGUGAAGACGCUGAUCACCAUCGGAGGACUGCCGGACCCCACCACCGUCUUUGAGAUCUGCUUCCAGCUCAUCAACUACUUUGUGGGCGUCUUUGCGUUCUCCAUCAUGAUCGGUCAGAUGAGAGAUGUGGUCGGAGCGGCAACGGCGGGCGAGAACUACUACCGGGCCUGCAUGGACAGCACCGUCAAGUACAUGAACUCCUACAACAUCCCCGGAGAGGUCCAGAACCGCAUCAAGACUUGGUACGACUACACCUGGAAGAUCCAGGGCAUGCUGGAUGAACAGGAGCUUCUGAUUCAGCUUCCUGCUAAGAUGAGACUGGACAUCGCCGUGGACGUCAACUACUCCAUUGUCAGCAAAGUGGCCCUGUUUCAGGGCUGCGACAGGCAGAUGGUCUUCGACCUGCUGACCAGGCUCAAGUCUGUGGUGUACCUGCCUGGAGACUUUGUGUGUAAGAAGGGGGAGAUUGGAAGAGAGAUGUACAUCAUCAAGCAGGGGGAGGUGCAGGUGGUGGGAGGUCCAGACCUCCAGACGGUGUUCGUCACCAUCAGAGCCGGUUCUGUGUUCGGAGAGAUCAGCCUGCUGGCGGGGGGCGGAGGAAACCGGCGCACAGCCAAUGUGAAGGCGCACGGAUUCGCCAACCUCUUCAUCCUGGAUAAGAAUGACCUGGCAGAGAUCCUGGUCCAUUACCCCGAGUCCCAGAAACUCCUGCGCAAGAAGGCCAAGAAAAUGCUGACCAAGGACAAGAAGCCAGAGGAGAAGGAGACACACAAGGAGGCGGUGGAGGUCAUCCCACCCCGACCAGAAACCCCCAAACUGUUCAAGGCUGCUCUGAAGGUGACGGAGCAGGCGGGCAUCGAGGGGACCUUCGCCAAGCUGAAGAAGGUCUACAAACCAUCUGAGGGCCAAACAGAGGUUCCUCACUCCAUCUCUCCAGUCCCACCCCCUUCCCCGAUGCACCGCCGCUCCCCGGUCCCCCGGAGCCCGGCCCCAGACGACAGAGAGGAGUCUGUGGCCGAGACGGCGGACAGCUCCGUCAUCAUCAGGAUGACGCCGCGGCGGGAAGGGGAGGAGCUUCUGACGGUGGAGGUGGCAGCAGAGGGAAAAACCAGGGAGGGGAAAGAGGAGAAGAAAAAAGAGGAGAAGAAAUGAGUCGACUUCUUCCUUUUUUCUGCUUCUGCUCAUCACUGGAAACCUGCACUACCACCAUUGGCCAUGAGAGGAGCUAACAGGGCGCUGCUUCCCCGGGAGAGGAAACCACCAAAACAGGAGAAGAAUGAAAGAAACUCAUUUUCCUAAAGUCUAGCUUGUGUCCUGCAGCUUUAAUAUGAUCCGCCACAGGCUGUUUCCCCGCUGGACUGAAGCUGUUAGACGCGCCUCGUGUUCAUCAGGGAGGAUGGAGGAUGGAGGAUGGAGGGUGGAGGAUGCUGAGCAGCUGCUGACGGGACCAGGAUGGAGGACUGGAAGCUCUGCUCUGAAGCUCCAACACAAACACAAACCAUCCAUGUUUUUAUUUUCUCAGGGAAAAGAUGCUCAAAACGUCUCAUCCUGCUCUCAGAGGGGCGUGCUAACUUCUUGUCCCUCCAGAUUCUUUAUGCAGUUUGAAGUUUGUGCAGAGCUGGAGUUGACCGGUGAUGAGAGUAGCAGACAGGAAGUCGUUAAAUAGAAAGAGUCUAACUUCUAGCAUGGCUGUUAAAGUGCUUUGAUCCUAGCAGCCUGUAGGGGGCGUCACAGCAGGCCAUCCAGCCCUCUGCAGACCCUUCUUCACUGCAUCCAUGAGUCUCCUGUCUCCUCCUCCUUCCCUCCCUGCCCAACAUGUUUACCCAAAGUGAAACUCUGCAUCUGCUCAACACCCCCUGGUAUAAAAUGUGCAUCUCUGAGUGGAGCUUUAACAGAACCCUCAUGCUAACGCUGUAGAUGAUCACGCUGUCUCCUCCCCAGUCAGAGCUCACAUGAGCUUCUGCUCAGGCUGAAUCCCUGCAGAGAUCCUGCUGCUCUGAGCGGUUCAGGAAACAGGAAGGCCUCGCUGUUCCGGCUGGAGCCGCAGAGGAAACAUGGACUGACUAGGAAAGGAGGAAAAGAUAAACAAGGAGGCGCAGGAAGCUGCUGAUUAGUCAGAGAGUAGAAGAAGUCUGAGGAGCCGCUUUAAUCCUGACUUUACCUCCACAUGUUUGGAAUGUUUCUGGAAUAAAAGCCAAGCUGUUUGUUACAGA